CGUGAGUCUAGUGGCAGAAACAUCACUCUCACCCUGCGUGGCAUUUAUUCAACACUUCCUAUUUUUCUCCAAAAAAAAUGGCACCACACUGAGGAGAGAGAAAUGGAAGAGAAAAAACCCAGCAGCGCCAUUUCCGAUUCUGAAACCUUUAUCUCCAAAGACUUACCCUCAGAGUCUCUCUCCCGAGUCGAUAAUUUAAUUAAGGGUGAUGGAGUCUUCAAACCCAUCCCGCCGGAUUAUGACACUCAGGGUUCAUACUCCGACCUCGUUCGAGGCCUUCUCAAGAUCAGUAGCGUUCAACGAGGCAAAAUCUCUUGCUUUCUCUCCAUUAAACCUGCUUUCACGAAUAUGUAUGGUGGUCUGCAUGGAGGGGCAGUUGCGGCUGUGGCAGAGAUUGUGUCGAUAGCUUGUGCUAGAACUGUUGUGGGCGAAGAUAAGGACCUUUUUCUUGGAGAACUGGGCUUAUCAUACCUCUCGGGUGCUCCCCGCAAUGCGGAAGUUGUCGUUGAUGGGUCUGUAGUAAGGAGUGGAAGAAAUUUGACAGCAGUUACAGUUGAGUUCAGACUCAAGGAAUCUGGGCGACUGCUUUACACUACAAGGGCUACUUUCUAUAAUAUGCCUGUUGCAAGCUUGUGACAUGUCUCUCAGAUCAUGUCAUUUACAAAUAUCUCGGUGUGUGCAUCUAUCACAUUUGGUAGAAAUUGAUAAGCUGUUACCAUGCUCUGAUACGUUGCUGGUUUGUAAUGCACACCUAUUUAUGUGUACUUAAUUACACUCUAUAAAAGGGUUAAUUACAAAAUGUUCCCUUCAAGUUUGGG